CCCGUCAACGGAUCAGCUGAUCGCCUCACCCACGUGGUGGAAUCAGCUGUGCGCGAACAUGGACGGAUUGUCGGAGGAGGACUUGGAGAUACCGCCUGCCAAAUAUGAAUAUCUCGAUCACACCGCGGACGUGCAAUUGCACGCGUGGGGCGACACGUUGGAGGAGGCCUUCGAGCAAUGCGCGAUGGCCAUGUUCGGCUACAUGACGGACUUGGGCCGCGUGCAAAUCACGCAGGUCCACCACGUGGAAGCUGAGGGUCACGAUCUUCAGAGUCUGCUUUUCCAUUUUCUAGACGAGCUACUGUUCAUGUUCAGCGCCGAGCCAUUCAUCGUCUCGAAGAGAGUAAAAAUCACGGAGUUCGACGUGCAGAAUUUCAAGAUCAAGGCGACCGCAUACGGCGAGGAGUUUACAAUCGGCAAGCACACGCAAGAGGCCGAGGUGAAGGCCAUCACGUACUCGGCGAUGGCGAUCCACGAUCGUCCGCAGCUGAAUCAGGCCGAAGUCUUCGUGAUCGUUGACAUAUGAUCAUGAUCGACCAGCGGACGUACCGGGGUCCCGUCGCGCGCAUUUUGCCGACGUUCCGUCGACGCGGCGCGGCGUGACUCCGGACAGCGCCUUGGCAGGGCGGGAGGGGGGGAAAAAAGAUGGGGAUGACUGGUCCGAACGGAGGGUUGGAGGAAGAUAGAGGGAGGCGACCGAAGGGCGAGGAAGACGGGACCAUAUGCCUUCCCUACGUACGACACGAUCCUUUGUACUUGUUUCGUAGGGUUCAAAUAAAUACGUUACGAAGAAAGCACCAGGCCCCCUUCUUGGCUCGGGAUCCAGGCACGUACCAAGAUCGCCGGGAUUCCUCGAGACAAUUCGAGGAGUCAAGAAAUAUCCGCUUUGUGGCGCAUUUUCUUUCUUAUUUAUUAUUUUUUUAUCACGGACUAGUUUGACAUAUUAUUUAUAAAUAGCUUAUCAAGCAUGUUGUAGCUUGCACAAUCUGACCAGAUAAGAUUCGCCGCAGUCAGUUAUCGAAUGUACAUGUACCUCUCGCGAGCACAAUGUGAGACUCGCGCAGAUCCUGCUAAGACGCAAUAAAACUCCCGGCAGUUUAGCGGAAAUAAAGAUCCACGUAUGUCCCUGGUCGCAAAACUGA